AUGUUAUUACGACUCGAACCUUUCGUAGAACCACGGCUUAGCGGGCACUUCGGCGGAGCUUCUUUGCUUAAGAGAGUGCUAGCGAUUCCGAAGAUAAAAAUAAGAGAGACGAAGACUUUUCGACAAUCUAUCGUAAUUAAAUCGAAAAGGAAUCAUAAAAGCAAGUCUAGCGAAGCUGGAUCGGCGGUAGCAGCGGCGGCAAGUAAGCGUAACGCCGAAACGGGACUUAAGCUAGCCAAAAGACCUUUAGCAUUAGCGGCGGCAAGAGAAGCAACGGCGAUACGAGCUCGAAAAAAAGAAGAAGCAUCGCUAAUACAAAAGGCAAGAGCACGGCGGGUCUUUAUAAAGAGGUUAUUUGCAACCGUGCCCUUACGAAAAACGUCGUCGGCCGUCUUAAUUCUAUUGUUUAUAGCCGUCAUCGCAUCUAUUAAGAUUAUACUAGCAUUAACGACUUCUGCGAAAAGCUAUCGAAUCGAAGUCAAAACGAGUGUGAAACGGAAAAUUUAUCGGCGGAAAAGAUACAUCGACUCGCAGCAUUAUCGAUAG